AACAUCUAGAUUUGAAUUUAAACUACCGCUGAGAAUGAUGGUUAAAAAAACUGAGAAAACUACUUCUUGGGAAACUGUCUGGGACUUCUCGUGCCUUCGAUUUCUCCUUAGUGACCUGCAGCAAAUACUGGAAUUUAUCCUCCGCUAAGAUACUUUUAUUUUCAACAAUUCCUUUAAAAUGACUGCGAAAUUUCAGCCACCCUCUAGGGUUACCAUCAAAUUUCAGAUAUUCUAACUUUGGCAAGCGAUACUGUGAUUUAGGACUGCUGAGACUCUUCGGCGAAGCCUCUGACACUUCCAAUAUCUACAUCCUUAGUUAGCAUCUUCACCUGAUUUCCGUCAGCAUUUAUCUUCUUCGGUAGUCGGAAACAGAAUCGGCUUCAGGGCAAUCCCUCUCACUACCAGUGGAUCUAACAAUACCUAUACAGUUUGUCUCGUCUACAAUGACGACAGUUUGUCGUCAUUGUAAACGAGACGACCCCACAAAAGAUCCACCACAGUUUUAUCAAUCCCGGCCAUAAGUUCACUGAACGUUUUCGUCAAGUUUUUUUGAACCCCUAUUCGCCGUAUCUAAAUUUCCUUAACUUAUAUCAUUAUCAUAUCGGCUGCCCGAAUGUUGUAACACCACGUUACGAGGUUCAAUUAGACACGGCGUAAACAAAACAUAAGUUUUAUAUUCGUUGGAAAUAUACAGUCAGAUGAUAGCGAAUACAAGUUCUCAGAGACUUUUCGCCAUAAAAAACCCCAGAACACAGCUUAAAAAAACGCGGGCUUCUAUCUUUCCCGCUAGGGGCGCCCCGACAUUAAUAAAACGCGCUAACAAUAUACGAGAUUUCAACAAUUGUAAAAUUCAAUUGUUGAUUAGAAGCGAUUGUUUUCGGACGCGAUUUUUUCGAAAGCGAGAUAUUUUUGCCAAAAUGAAUGCUGAAAAUCUUCAGUGCUUUUCUAACGAAAUUUAUUCGUCAUUUGGAUAUGACAAUUAUGUUGUGUAUGCUUAUCAAAAGAACGUGCCAAAAAUUCCAUUGUCUCCAGCACAAAUCACAUCGAUAGUAAACGGCGGUUAUACACUACGACCGUUAUAUAGAGCGUUUCUGGAGCUGGAAGAAAAUUCGUUAGUAUGUGAAGUAAUAUACGAAGAGGACGAGCUUGACUAUGAAGAUGCUCUGUCCGAAAUUGAUUAUAGCACGGAAUCAGAUACGAUGUCAAUUGAAGGUGACGUUCCUGAUACCACAAACGGAAACAAAGUAUCUGACGAUUGUACUACGUAUCAAAAUGUUAUAAUAGUUCGAGGUCAUUUGCCGGUUCACCAAACAUGUGAAUUAGUAUUUAUCAGCCCAACAUCGUCUUCUGUUUAUGUCGAAUCAGACAAAUCUGAUUUAUCAACAGAAAUGUACGAAAUUUGUGACGAAUUACCUGCGGAAAAUGACAAAAACCUUGAAGACGAAUUUUCUUCGGUGGAUAAUUCUACAAAAAUAAUUGAAGAAAAUUUAAUUAAAGAAUUAUCUGAUACAAGUGAAGAAAUAUCGAAAAAUGAAACUGUCGCCAUUAAAUUAAAUGAAAAUCAAUUUGAUCUAAAUAUAAAAGUUUCAAAAACUAAUGAAAACGCCGUAGGAGAUGAAAUCGGAUUAGAAAAAUUUGAUGAAGGUAAGACCACAAAUAUUCGAUAUUUUAUGUUUGAUUUUCUCUUUGUUUGUAGAAGUCAACAUUUUCAUUCGCCUUGCUUAUAUCUAGGUAUAAAAGUAAUUUUGAAAUAUAUUAAAUAAAUUAUUAGGCAUGAUAUUAUUUGUACAUCUUCAGUCCUUCAAGUUUAUUUGCUUUAAUUGUUUAUUAUAUACAUGAAAAAUUAAAGUUGAUGUAACACUUUUAGAACUUUCUUUAAUGUAUACAAAAUUUUUUUUCUAAUGAAAAAUAAUUUUUUUUUUGAUUCUGAUGAAACCGCGUUGUAGUUUACUUUGCUUUAUACAGACACACUACAGUGACUUUUUUCAACACUUGGCAGAUUAUUCAUCUUUUAUUCAGUUGGGACGCAAUUUACAAGUCUCGUUUCGGGCAUUAGCCCCUCUUUCUUUGUUUUGAUGUUACUAUAUUACUCAAUUUAAAUCUCACAAUAAAACACUGAUAUAAGAUUACAAACAAUAAAUCAUAAAAGACUAAUAAUAUAACACACAAGACAUUGAUUUCUUAAUCUUUAUCAACUUUUAUUCAAGUCGCGUUAACAUUGACAUUAAAUAACUGCAUAAACAGAUAACAU